AUGGCUCGGUUGAAUGACUAUGCUGCUCCUGCCGAGUCCAUCGAAGCUUUGAAGCGACGCUUUGUGCGACAAAACCGUGAGAUCGCAAGAGUUAAUUCCUUACAAUCUCUUCGCAUUCGCAGCCUAGAGUCGGAAGUCUCGCACCUGCUUUCAGAAAAUGUAUCGCUCCGAAAGCAGAUUAUUAAUCUCACCCAGGAAACAGAAAGACUGGAAGCAGGGAAAAUGCUGCACAAUGGAAUAUACGAUAUCAAAUCGAAGUUGGAUGCCAAAUUAGCCGAGUUGAACAGUUUGGCAACAGAAUUGGGAUCACUACCCCGAAAGGUAGGCAAACUGUGCAGUGAACAAUUCGAUCGACCAAAGCAGGCGGCAGAGUCGAGACCUCGGACUGAAGACACGAACGGAGGCGAAGAUGGAAGGCUUCCUGCCAUCGUUGAGGAUAAAUAUUACCCGCGGCGGACUCUGGAGCCUCAGGAGAUUGACAGCCUGGUCAACGAUGACCACAGCACCCUGGGUUCCCCGCCACAGUUCAGCUUUAUGGCAGAAGAAACAGAUGCACUCAUUGAACAAUCAAGUCCAUCACCACCAGAAACAACAUUCAGCCGCCAUAUUGAAGACGAUCAUCAACCAACCCCAUCCACCGACCCAACUCCGCACGCAGGAUCAGUUUCUAUGAAGCGCAAAUUUGUUCUCGAAGAAGAUGACCGAUUUGCGUCCAACCUCGACAUUGAUGAUGACGAGUUUCAAUUCACCCGGCCCAGCCAAGCCCCAAAUAAGCCAACAAAUCCAUUUGAGGUUGUACACCGAGAUCAGUCACCGAUAAAGAGCCAUGUUGAGGCGACAAGAGGAUCAAACACACCUGUUCUUCCUAUGCGAAAGGUUCUCGAACCAAAGAGUGCAAAUUCCAAUUUAAGCUCCCCCAAGAAAGCCCGAAUAUCCUCAAAUCAGAACCCGAAAGUCUUACAAAGGCCCAGCAAAAGCAACGAAAAUACGAACUCGGCACAAAGGGACAAGGAUGUUGAGAAGCUUAGUGACAAACCUGCCAGCCAAAAGCCACGAGUGUCUAAAGUUGCACCUUCAACCAAAGAAAAGCGCACCAGUCGCCCUACCCCUGUCCGGCUAGAAGAGCCAGUCUUACUCCAGCAAGCACUAUCACCCUAUCCAAAUGCAUUGAAUACCGAGGAAGAAUCCUCAGUUCGACCCUCCCGUCGUCGCGGCACUGUGGUCAGCUAUGCAGAGCCUAACCUACGGGACAAGAUGCGCCGGCCCACCAAGGAAAUGAUCGAUGCAGUUGCACUCGGGUCACGAAGGUCUUCGAGUUUCCAGUCAUGCCGGGCAAGUUUAGACGGCGGAGAAGACCAAGGCCAUACACAGCCUCAUAGCAGUUUAUCUAUUGAUUUUACUCUUGCGGGGCAGGGCUCUAGAUAUACCAGGGAUAAUUCCUCAGAACAGUUGCUAGCAACAGUGUCUCGGAGAAAACGCAAGGUGUCGUCGACCACGAAGGACGGCAGCGAUGCGGGGAGUUCAAGCUCUGGCCCCCAAAAAGAGAUUGAGGAGAGCCUUGCAGACAUCUCGGCCGAAGUAUUCCAAGAAUCAUUCGGCGCGAAGCGACAAACUCGACGUCACUCAUCAAACCCAAAAAGCACAACUGCAAUCAUGGCUCAAUACGAUGGGGAUCAAGGUGAAACACAAUCCCCAGUCGAUGAUUUCCCAGAACACGAUGAGAUACUUGGGCCGGGACCAAAUGCGAAAAUAGACAGCGGUCAAGUCAGGCGUGGCCAGCGUGUUGCUGCAAGGAGAAAAAGCAUGAUGGUAUGA